UCUGCGCUGCUGCCAUAUUGACGCUAGUUAGCUCACAACUAGAUGUCCGCCGCAUACUCGCACCGCGUUAUUCCAGAGUGAUUAGAAAUCCCCCCCCCCCCAAAAAAAAAAAGCAAAGACACACGAGAGACCGAAGGCCGUCGCGUCGUAGAGAGAGACCAAAAUGGUGCUGUUGGCAGCGGCGGUGUGCACCAAGGCCGGCAAGGCCAUUGUGUCGCGGCAGUUUGUAGAAAUGACCCGGACGCGCAUCGAGGGUCUCCUGGCGGCCUUCCCUAAGCUGAUGAACACGGGCAAGCAGCACACCUUUGUGGAAACAGACAGUGUGCGCUAUGUGUACCAGCCGCUCGAGAAGCUCUACAUGGUGCUCAUCACCACCAAGAACAGCAACAUCCUGGAAGAUCUGGAGACGCUCAGACUCUUCUCCCGCGUGAUCCCAGAGUACUGUCGUGUGCUGGAGGAGAGCGAAAUAUCAGAGCACUGUUUUGACCUGAUCUUUGCCUUCGACGAGAUUGUGGCAUUGGGCUACAGGGAGAAUGUCAACCUGGCUCAGAUCCGCACCUUCACAGAGAUGGACUCCCACGAGGAAAAGGUCUUCCGCGCCGUCAGAGAGACCCAAGAAAGAGAGGCCAAGGCAGAGAUGAGGAGGAAGGCCAAGGAGCUGCAGCAGGCUAGGAGGGACGCCGAGCGCUCUGGAAAGAAGGUGCCUGCUUUCGGUGGUUUCGGCAGCGCUGGCAUGACCAGCAUCUCCUCAGGGUCCAUCAUCACAGACACCAUUGUCGAGCCAGAGAAACCCAAGAUGACACCCACUCCAGCCAGAUCUAGUGGACCCAGUAAGGCUCUGAAACUUGGUGCUAAAGGAAAAGAGGUGGACAACUUUGUCGACAAGCUCAAGUCUGAGGGUGAAACCAUCAUGCCCAACACAGGGAAGAGAGGCUCAGACGUGUCAAAGGCUCUGCCACCACCAGUCAAUGUUGAGAGUGUACACCUGCGAGUGGAGGAGAAGAUCUCGCUGACUUGCGGUCGCGACGGCGGCCUACAGAACAUGGAGCUGAUGGGCAUGGUGACGCUCCGAGUCACGGACGACAAGAGCGGACGCAUUCGCCUCAUCAUCAACAAUAAUGACAACAAAGGGUUGCAGCUGCAAACACAUCCCAAUGUGGACAAGAAGUUGUUCACAGCGGAGUCAGUGAUUGGCCUGAAGAAUCCAGACAAGUCGUUCCCUCUCAACAAUGAUGUCGGUGUGCUGAAGUGGAGACUACAGACCACAGACGACGCCCUCAUACCUCUUACCAUAAACUGCUGGCCUUCAGAGAGUGGUACUGGCUGUGACGUCAACAUUGAAUAUGAGCUGCAGGAUGACAGCCUCGAGCUCAACGACGUGGUCAUCAGCAUCCCUGUACCAUCCGGGGUGGGAGCUCCUCUUAUCGGUGAUUUGGAUGGAGAGUACAAGCACGACAGCAGGCGAAACAUCCUGGAGUGGUGCCUACCCGUCAUUGACGCCAACAACAAGAGCGGGAGCCUGGAGUUCAGCAUCGCCGGGCAGCCCAAUGACUUCUUUCCUAUCAAUGUGACCUUUGUGUCCAAGCGCAACUACUGCGACAUCCAGGUUACCAAAGUGACCGACAUAGACGGCGACAGCUCCGUUAGAUUUUCUUCAGAAACCUCCUUUGUUGUCGACAAAUACGAAAUCCUGUAAAAAAUAAAUAAUAAUCAGAAAACGGCAAAAAUCAAAAAAAUCAAAUAAAAUCACCGACAAAAAAAGUCCUAUUCUACAGAGAAAGAUUGAAGAUUUCUUGCCUGCCCACCCUGUAUACUAUUUCAGAGACUGUGUACAUCGACAGGACCACAUCAGCCCUCUGGUCGAGGCCUCUUCCUGUGGUGGAGCAGAGCAGUGGUGGUGUAUUUAUAUGUUUGUAUGAGAGAGGAUCAUCUAUAUAUAGAGUUAAUUGAACAGGUAGAACCAACAAACCUGAACAAAAAAAAGAAAGAAAAAGAAAUCUACACUGAUGCUGUUGUGUUUGCCAAGCAGAGCAGUAAAGAGAACUACCGACCAAGUAGAGGAUGACUGGGGGUUGGGGGGCAGCAGAGGCCAGCGUCCAUCUCAUCAUCAGUCUGCCAUGGACCGAAGUCUCAUCCGUGUCUCCAUUAGAAAGAGCGCUGGUAGUUUAGCAUCCUCCACAAACUGACUCCUUCACACUCACAUCGCAACGGCUCAUCGAUUUGUCAACGGGGUUCUUGCUUUUUUCCCUUUCAGAUCUCCUCAUCCAUAGUCACUGCAGCACUGUAGCUGUCUCAAUCAUUAUACAUCUGUUGUUCUUUAAUUGAUAAGCUAUUGUGAUUUGCGCUAUUGAUAUCUCACUUCUGAUGAUGUUUUGUCUUUCAUUUGAGAACACGUGGAUAUUUCAGUUUUUGUAUGGAAGUAACACAUUGGUUCUUUGCGGACUUGCAAAAUAUGGCUCUGUGCUAAACCUGUCUGUACCGUCUACGGUUAUCAUCAGCAAAAUGGUGUUCUUUUUAUUUUUAACUUUGAUAUUUUUUACUGUUUGCUGUAUAAUUUGUCAUUGUUCAUCAUCUUUAAUCUGGAAAUUUAAAUUUGACAGUGAAGAGCAGGACUUUUGUAAGGGAUUCUCAGCUGCAGGGCAAAGUGAACUAGCAGUAAAUACAUUUGACUUUACAUCUGUUGAAUGUUAUUAUGAUCUUUUUUUUUUUUUUGUAACACGAUAGCAAUCACUCCAUGUUUUCACUCUGCAUCAUUUAAGUCCACUGAUCAGCCGUUAAGAUACGAUGGAAUAAAAAGUUCUUUGAACACAGCCCAGAAACAACACACAAGCCCCUAAUCUAGCAUCCCACAAGAGGCGUUGUACAUGUGAGGUGGGAGUGGAUUCGAGUUGUUACGAUGGAACAAAUCCACGCUCACCAGCAGACCAUGGAUCACAGACGUCGGCCUGAUAUUCAGCCCCAUCCCCUCGUGUCCGAAGGAAGCAGAGCGACUGCUGGGGCCCUCGUGUAGACUCGGCUGCCUACCCCCCUUGUCUCACCCAGUCAUCCUGUACUUACAUUCUCACAGUGCAUCAAAAUAAUUCAAGAUAUAAAGUUUGUCUUUCAUGUUUGUUUUGUUUUUCUGUCCUUCUUUAUUUUAUUUUUUCCUUCAUUUGUACUCCCCAAAUUUCAAUUUGGCAAUGGCUGUGUGGUUUUUGGGGUUGAAAAUGGCUAUUUUGAGCAUUUUUAACUAAAUUACUGAAGGGGAAUCUUAACAUUCCAGUGUACAAUUAGAAAAAAAAAUCUUUAAUGGAAUAAAAUGUAUUAUUGAAAAUUUAA